AAAAAUUAUGUCUGGAACUUGUGUGUGUGUAUGAGAGAGUGUGUUUUUGACAUUAAGUCUGCAGAAGGGUGUGUUCUUGUUUUCUUUCACUGAGCACUGCCCGGUGUUAAACGUGUCGAGAAGCAGACGACAAACGGUCCUAAGGUGACACGCUUGUGCAGCAGGUUGUGGUGCUGAUGAUGUCCCAAAAGUCAAGCUUGGCAGUGGUGGUGUUGCUGGCCGUCGCCGCGGCAACCGUGACGGCGCAGAGGCGGCGCGCGCAGACGGCCAAUGCGGAUGAGUGGAACUACCGGGAUGGCUCCGACAGGGUCAGCAUGAGGGGCGUGGCCAACCUGACGCAGAUCCUGGACAACUGGCGCUUUGACAUCCUCAACCAGAUGAAGGGACUCCUGCAAAACGACCACCAGUCCCUGUUGCCUGAUUACGCCAGGAUCCAGCCUCUGUCCGAGGCCUUGGGUGAUCUCUACAAGGAGUUCAAUGCCCUUAAAGCUCACCUGGGCGAGCUGAUGGAGAAGUUUACCGCAAUGGAGACCUUCAUGGAUGAGGUGAAGGCCAGCAGGGGAAGUGGCCAGGCCCAGACACAGGCCCAGGGCCAAACCUCAUCAGUCCCUGUGCCGAGGCAGACCGGCAGGCGGGUGAUGAAGAAGAAAACCACCCCUGCGGCCACCACAUCCUAAGGAUGACCAUGAUCAUGUUUUCACGCUUGCUUUGCUUUUUAUGCAAUAAUCUCGUAGAAAACAAAACUGAAAUUUUUUAUCUUGGCGUGUCAAAACGUGUAUUUUUUCCUGCAACAAAUGAGCGAUGAGAAGCUGAAGCUAUCGAGUAACCAGGGAGGAUUUUGUCCACUUCUGGAAACAUUUGAAUCAGUACACUUUAAGGGAUUUUAUUUUGCCGCUGCGGCUCAGCCCAACAUGCUGAACCGCAUCCAAGUCAGAUUGUUGGGAUGUGCUUGGCUCCGCUUUGCGUUUUGUUUGCUGCUGCAUCACGCACACAUAAACACACGCACACAUGCGCUCCAGUUAACAAAUAAACUCAAUAUUUGCAUCAA